AAAAGAUCAGUGCUGUCAGGACCGCAGGGUGCCGGAUGGGGGAGCGCGGUCCACGGUACGACGUUAUCGUGGCACUGACUGUAGCCUAUAAAUACCGGGAGGCGCGCAGCCUACCUACCAACACUGACAUUAAUAUAAACACGGCUUGAACUGCGAGGAGAGGCACUUACAUUAGGAUCCUACUACUGGGAUAAACGCCUCAAGUGAAACGGAAUAUAAAACCGCUCGAGUUCAGCCGUGCGACGCACAGCACCAAAAAUACUAUGGUGAUCAAGGUUUACAUCGCCUCCUCCUCGGGAUCUGUUGCGGUGAAGAAGCGCCAGCAAGCUGUGGUGGGGUUCUUGGAGGCCAACCGGAUCUCCUUCCAGGAAGUGGACAUCACCAAUGUGGAGGAGAGAAGGCUGUGGAUGUACCAACACAUCCCUCAGGAGAAACACCCAGACAAGGGCAACCCGCUUCCCCCACAGAUCUUCAAUGGAGACAGCUACUGUGGGGACUAUGAGGACUUCUUCCAGUCCAAGGAGAACAACACUGUGUUUACAUUCCUAGGCCUCAGCUCACCACCCUCAGUAACGGAUUCCGAGUCGUAGGCGGUAGCGUGGGGAGUCGGGAGGUCGCAGAGCACAUCACUUCCUGUAUUACAUCACUUCACCUCUCCCGGAGAUCUCACCAUAGUGACGCCACCAUGUUGCCAAACACCCCAACACUCUGACCUCUCUGAGCCCCUCCACCCUAUCCCCACCCCAAAAAAACACCUCAGCCUCUUCCCCCACCUACAGCCAUCUAACCUGACACAGGAGGAGGGGAGGGGCUUCAGACCAACUGGAGGAAAAUCAGACCAAUAGAAGGAGCUUCAGACCAAGUGGAGGAGCAUCAGACCAAUAGAAGGGGCUUCAGAUCAUGGGAGGCGGGGCUUCCCCCCCCCAAAACAAUGGCCAAUGAUUUUCCUGAUUUAAAAAAAAAAAAAAAAAAAGUAUAUUUUUUUGGUUUUGUACAACUGCUGGUACUCAUGACGAUCUAGUCAGUGGUUCCUGUUUGUGUUAGCGGUAAAUAAUUAGAUUGAGGUUUCUUUACUGCUAUGUAUUCUUUGGUCAGUUGUUCAGAACACUGUGUAGCCGCUCUUCUAUCAACAGCAGAAUGUAGCUCUCCUGUCAGAGUAGCCAAGUUGUCCUGCCCUUCUAUCAACAGCAGAAUGUAGCUCUCCUGUCAGAAUAGCCAAGUUGUCCUGCCCUUCUAUCAACAGCAGAAUGUAGCUCUCCUGUCAGAGUAGCCAAGUUGUCCUGCCCUUCUAUCAACAGCAGAAUGUAGCUCUCCUGUCAGAAUAGCCAAGUUGUCCUGCCCUUCUAUCAACAGCAGAAGGUAGCUCUCCUGUCAGAGUAGCCAAGUUGUCCUGCCCUUCUAUCAACAGCAGAAUGUAGCUCUCCUGUCAGAGUAGCCAAGUUGUCCUGCCCUUCUAUCAACAGCAGAAUGUAGCUCUCCUGUCAGAAUAGCCAAGUUGUCCUGCCCUUCUAUCAACAGCAGAAGGUAGCUCUCCUGUCAGAGUAGCCAAGUUGUCCUGCCCUUCUAUCAACAGCAGAAGGUAGCUCUCCUGUCAGAAUAGCCAAGUUGUCCUGCCCUUCUAUCAACAGCAGAAGGUAGCUCUCCUGUCAGAAUAGCCAAGUUGUCCUGCCCUUCUAUCAACAGCAGAAUGUAGCUCUCCUGUCAGAGUAGCCAAGUUCUGUAUGCGGUCAGACAGAUAAAGCUGACCUGAGGUCGAAACUGGUAACACUAAAGUUGGACUUAUGGUUAAAAUCGAGGCGAGAGAUGGAGUCCGCUACAGGUGUAUUAGAUGGGACUGCAAUGUCCAACGGCCCAUAGACUCCCAUCAAGUCCCGUUCUGAAUCGCUGUGAAACCAGACGUCUUGACAUACGAAGGGCCGGCUGGUGGGAUUGUUAUGAGCCCACUGAAGGCUGUGUUAAGUAAUGGAAGAGGAGACCAACUGGGAACUGGUGUUUUUUUAAUUACUCCUCCCUCUCUCCCCUCUUCUCUUCCCUCUCUCCUCUUCUCUCUCCCCUCUUCUCUUCCCUCUCUCCUCUUCUCUCUCCCCUCUUCUCUUCCCUCUUCCUCUCUCUCUUCUCUCUCACUCUCCCCUUCCCCCUCUCUCCCCUCUUCCUCUCUCUCUCCUCUCUCACUCUCCCCUUCCCCCUCUCUCCCCUCUUCUCUUCCCUCUUCCUCUCUCUCUCCUCUCUCUCUCCCCUUCCCCCUCUCUCUCUUUCGCCUCUUCUGUUUCACUUUCUCCUCUUUCCUGUCUCUCCUCUUCCCCCUCUCUCUUUCCUGUCUCUCCUCUUCCCCCUCUCUCUUUCCCGUCUCUCCUCUUCCCCGUCUCUCCUCUUCCCCGUCUCUCCUCUUUCCCGUCUCUCCUCUUUCCCGUCUCUCCUCUUUCCCGUCUCUCCUCUUUCCUGUCUCUCCUCUUUCCUGUCUCUCUCCCCUCUUCCCCCUCUUUUAUUAAAUGAUCAUGGAUGGGUGAAUCAUUGUGUUAUGUUUACACAUCACAGGCUUACACUCUGCCCACACACACGUUCCCCCACUGACUCAGACUCAUUCCUAGUGAAUGUAGUGCCAUCUUGUGUUUUGAUCUGUCACUGUUAACCUGACUAAAAAUAACAUUCCUUUUGAUACAUGCCAUUUAUAUGUACUCUUUAUAGUAGUUAUAUAUAUAUAUAUAUUGACAAUCUCUACGGCCUGGUUUCCCGGACCCAGAUUAAGGCAAUAGACCUGAGAUUCUCCAUUGACUUCUUGUUUUUGUUUUUAAUCCAGAGACUAGGCUUAAUCUGGAUCUGGGAAUCCGUCCCUAUAAAUGAUUUUAGUUGUCUGUCCUCUGUGUGUUGUUUUGGGUUUUGGCCGUGUUCAAGAGCUUCACAACCGCAAUGUAUCAUGGGUAAAUUGUGACUGACGAACACGGCCUUUUGACCUGGCUAACUAAAACUGUCAUCGAUGAUUCUACACCAAUGUUUUUCCCAACUCCCGGUCCUCCAGUACCCCCAACAGUACACAUUUUUAUUGUAGUCCCGAAACGAGCACACCUGAUUUCAACCUGUCAUCAGGCCUUCAACGAGUUAAAAUUAGGAGUGUUUUGUCCAGAGCUACAACAGAGAUGUGUGUUGUUGAGGGUACUGGAGGAUCAAUGCUCUACACGAUGUUGAGAAAACAAAUCAACCUUUUUGUUACGAUGACAUUGUUGUAUGUUGAUAGACCAUCUGUAAAUGCUCCCCCUAUACAAAUAAAAUAUUACCGUAGUUCCCUCAAACUCAA